UAGAAAUAUCUAUGGAUAUAGUAUCAGCACCAUAGUAAUCGUUUCAGGUGUCAAAUUGUUGAACAGCACUCAAACUUGUGAAUGUUCGAGAUAACACUGAUGUUACAAAGUAGUGAGAAGAGAAUAUAUUUUUAUUACUAUAGUUGCAAACAUUUUCGUAAUUUUUAAGUUGUGUGUUUGAUGUUAGUCAUACAAAAAUUACUUUACUACUAAUACCAUAGACUAACCACGUGCGUUACACAAGUCUACAACUACAAGUUAUGCAUCAGUGAUACUAGCAGUGGCCGUAUUUAACUGUUCAUAGUUUUCGAUUAAGUUUUAAAAGUUUUAUUUCAACAACACGUAGCUAAGGUAACAAUAAAAGUUACUGAAGAUGAACGCAUCAAAAGCAAAAUUUUGGAGAAAAAUUAGGUCAAUGAUGAUCGUAUGCACAGGAAGUGGUGUGUUUUUUACAGGAAUUGCUAUUUGCAGUGGGAAUGAAAAGUUUUAUAAGCACUGGGUUAUUCCUGUAGCCCAUCGAUUAUUUGAACCAGAAAAUGCACAUAGGCUAGCAUUAACUGCAGGAAGAUGUGGUGUUCCCUUCAAAGAAAGAAUCGAAAGUAGCCCUCUUCUAAAAACCACUGUUUGGGGCUUACAUUUUAAAAACCCUAUUGGACUGGCAGCUGGAUAUGACAAAGAUGGUGAGGUGGUAUCGACCAUGUUAAAUGCAGGAUUUGGUUUUGUUGAAGUUGGAUCAAUUACUCCUCAUCCACAACCUGGUAAUCCUAAACCAAGAAUAUUUCGUUUAGUGGAAGACAAAGCCAUCAUUAAUCAUUGUGGAUUUAAUAGCCAAGGACAUAUGAAAGUUGUAAACAGGUUAUCUAAAUAUUUUAACCAAAAUAAAGAACAAACCACUGGAAUAGUAGGUGUUAAUCUUGGACAAAAUAAAACAAGUAAAUAUCCUGUGGAAGAUUAUGUUAAAGGUGUUCAAGUUUUUGGUGAUGUUGCCAAUUUUCUUGUUGUCAAUGUAUCUAGUCCAAACACCCCUGGCCUGCGUGACCUACAACACACUAAAAAUUUAGAAGAACUCAUUGAUGCUGUCCUUGCUGCACGCAAUAACCUUCCUCAUAAUAAACCUCCUAUACUAGUUAAAAUUUCUCCUGAUCUUUCAGAAAAAGAAAAACAAGACAUUGCUUUAGUGGUUUGUAGAAAAGGAAAAGAAAUUGAUGGGCUAGUAAUUUCUAAUACAACUAUUAGUUACCCCAUGGGCCUCACCAGUUCCCUUAAGAAAGAGAGUGGGGGUUUAAGUGGAAAACCUUUAAAAGAUCUAGCAACUGUUACAGUAGCUGAAAUGUAUCGUCUUACACAGGGCAAACUUCCAAUUAUUGGUGUUGGUGGAGUAUUUUCUGGUAAAGAUGCUUAUGAGAAGAUUAAAGCAGGUGCUUCUUUGAUUGAGGUAUACACAGCAGUUGCUUAUGAAGGUCCACCUGUUGUAAAGAAAAUUAAAAGAGAGUUGGAAGAACUUUUACGAGAAGAUGGCCAUACAAGUCUUAAUGAAGUUGUAGGUAAAGAUCAUAGAGACAGACUGUGAAUGACUUUCUUCUAUUGAAAAGGUCACUACACAAGCUUUUAUGGAGUACAGGGGCAUAUAUAUUUCAAACACAUUAUAUGGGAUCACACUCCCAUGGUGAAUAUGACCAUAAGUUAAUUAAGGUAUAUAAAUAUCUAUUAAUUAAUUAUUUUUUGUUUCUUUUUAUUAUUCUUUUUCAGAAUUGUGUGUAGGCAUGUGCCUUUUGGCCUAUAUGGAAUAUAUGUCCCUGAAGUAGUAGGUAAAAAAUAAUAAAGACAUUAAGAGAUUUUUCUUAUUUGAAAAUAAAUAAAAAAUGAGUUAAUUAAUAAAGA